UUAUCAUUUUAUAUCAGAAAACUAAUCCUUUGCGAAAUAUGUUCAACAUUGCGUGAGGUUUAUGAUCGCGUUUGAAAUAUUUCAUCAACUUGUCAAACCAAUUGCCAAAGUUGUGUACAAAGAGGAGGAUGCGUGUGUGUGCGUGAUUGGAAAUGUUUUUCCUGCCGUUGUCACUCUGCCUGUGAGGAGAGAAAAAAUAUUCCAUAAUUUCCGUGCAAUGGAAUGAAAGUUUUUAGUGUGGCUCACGUAAAACAAGCACCAUUCGUGUCAGUUUUAAAUGAUUAGCAUUAUUGCCAGCUAAAACAUGAUUCGCUAACUACAGCGAACAGCUUUCCAAAUUGCUUCGAAAGCCGAUGCAUGUCGCGGAAUCAAUCUGUUGUGGCACAGUGCAGAAAAAAAACACACUUCCUACCAUUUUAGUGCACUCUAUCGAAGCGUAGAUGGAAACAAUGGAAGCAGAAAACUCCAACAAAUACCAGAAACUAGCCACCGAAUACUCAAAACUCCGUGCCCAAGCAAGCGUGCUGAAACGGGCCGUCCUCGAUGAACAAAACAAAAACUCAACCCUGCGUGAUUCUUUGCGCCUGAAAGAGGCUACCCUCCGAAAGUCGGAACAGGAAGUGGACAGUUUGGGAUUUCGCAACAAGCAGCUGGAGCGGCGUGUUGCGGCAUUGCAGGAAAAUCUAGAACACGAGCUAAAGAAAGUGUCCGGUGGGAAAACGCUUAAAACGAAAUCAUCCAACAACGACCUCAAUGCUGUACCGGGUUCGGAAGCGACCGUGAUCGCGGAAGAAUUACAGAAAAAAAUUCUCGAAAAUGCACAGCUUUCCAACAGCGUUGAGGAUAAGAGUGCCGAAGUAAAGCAGUUGCAAAAUCGCAUCGAAAGUCUGAACCGAGAACUUCAGCAACAGACGACCGUUGAGCAAAAGCUGCGAAAAGAGCUCGAGCUGCUGACUGUAAGGAAUUCGGAGCUUGAAUCUAAAGUUUCCGAAGCGGCAAGCACGAUUGGAAGUGAAGAUGGACUGAGCGUUACAACUGAUGUUGAAAACCACUACAACCACUUUACCGCCAGCUCGAACAGUGCGUCCCAGGUGCAAAACAAUGGUACCAAUAACAAUAACAACACGACGGCUGUAAGCCAGGACGAUCGGGUGGUUUUUCUCGAAAAGGAGCUAAACCAUUGGCGAGCCCAGUAUGAGCUGCUGAAAAUAGAAACCUCUAGUCACAUUCGAAAAGCGCCAAAGGCUGAACAAAAGGAAGACAUUUUCAGUCAUGGGGCCGAUGGCACGAAUAGAACACUGGAGGACAAUCAGCAGCAAAAUGAGGUACAAACGCGGGAACAGAAGCUGACCGCGUGCUUUACGAAAAGUAUCGAAGAACUGUUCCAUGACAAAUGUCGCGCAGAAUCGAAACUGGCUUCACAUUUCAUUGAAUGUCAAAGACUGCAAACCCAUUUGGAUGUUUUCAAAAAUCGUCUAAAGGAACGAGAUGAGGCCAACAGGGAAGAGGAACGCCGUUACCGUAUCAUCGAAGAUGAAUUGUCCCGCACGCGGCUAAACUAUGAGGAACAAAUCAGUGUCCUGACGGAGCAAGUGAUAAGCUUAAGUGAUCAGUUAGCAAAUGCCAAGUAGUUCGGGAAGCAACAGAAUUGUCUGCUUGCCCGUUUGUGUUGCAGCAACACACCCGUGUUAGUGGCGUGUGCUACUCUCAGAGAUGUGAAUAUCAUUCUAUAUCCUUUCCGAUGCUGGAAGGGAAUUCGCAUAUACUCUUGUGUGCGCAUUAUGCAAUAAGUUAGAAAGUGCAACCGUGUCGAAACGUUUACUGAAUGUGUAAUAAUAAAUUCUUAUAAAACGA